AUGGGUGUUCAAGAAAAAGAUCCACUUUUGCAAUUAAGUUUACCACCAGGAUUCAGAUUUUAUCCAACUGAUGAAGAACUUUUAGUUCAAUAUUUGUGUAAGAAAGUUGCUGGACAUGAUUUUCCUCUACAGAUUAUUGGAGAAAUUGAUUUAUACAAAUUUGAUCCUUGGGUUCUACCAAGUAAGGCGACAUUUGGAGAAAAAGAAUGGUAUUUCUUCAGUCCGAGGGAUAGGAAGUAUCCGAAUGGAUCUAGACCGAAUAGAGUAGCAGGUUCCGGUUAUUGGAAAGCAACGGGAACGGAUAAGAUCAUAACUUCGCAAGGAAGAAAAGUUGGAAUUAAGAAAGCCCUUGUGUUUUAUGUGGGUAAAGCUCCAAAAGGAUCUAAGACAAAUUGGAUUAUGCAUGAAUAUCGACUUUUUGAAUCUUCAAGGAAAAAUAAUGGAAGUUCAAAGCUAGAUGAAUGGGUGCUUUGUCGCAUUUAUAAGAAGAAUUCAAGUGGACCAAAACCUCUUAUGUCUGGUUUACACAGCAGCAAUGAGUACAGCCACGGUUCAUCGACUUCGUCCUCAUCCCAAUUCGAUGAUAUGCUUGAAUCGUUACCAGAAAUGGAUGAUCGAUUCUCCAAUUUACCGAGAUUAAACUCUCUUAAGACCGAGAAAUUGAACCUUGAACGCCUGGAUUCAGCCAAUUUCGAUUGGGCAAUCCUUGCUGGGCUCAAACCAAUGCCGGAAUUGCACCCAGCAAAUCAAGCUUCAGGCGUUCAGGGUCAGGCUCAGGGGAAUGUCAAUAACCACAUCCACAACCACAACAACAACAAUAUGAAUUUUCUCAACGAUGUUUAUGCCCAUCCUACUACGAAUUUCCGAGGCAACACCAAGGUUGAAAGUAUUAAUCUAGACGAAGAAGUUGAAAGCGGGAACAGAAAUCAACGGAUUGAUCAAUCGAGUUACUUCCAGCAGAGUCUGAAUGGAUUUUCCCAAGCGUAUACGAACAGUGUUGAUCAAUUUGGAAUCCAAUGUCCGAACCAGACGUUAAAUCUGGGGUUCAGGCAGUAG